AUGCAGGAAACAAGUAGAAAAGUCAGUGAUGACGAGAAGAUCAGGACAGCUGCUACAUUCAAAGCAGAUGGCAAUGCUUUCUACAAAGAGAGAGAUUACAGAAAGGCUAUCGGGAAAUACCACAGAGCUAUAUUACAGUUGAAAGCUGUCGGAAGUGAAUCAAAAUGUGCCGCGUUGUUGCCGGUUGAAAUGAAAAAUGGUUCCCCACAAGAACUGUCUCCAGAAAUGAAUGAUUUGUUUAUCUCUUUGAGGGUGGACUGUUACAAUAAUUUAGCAGCUUGUCUGCUGCACCAAGAGAAUCCUAACUACAGAAAAGUACUGGAGUAUUGUGGACAAGUUCUAGAAGACCGACCAUCCAACAACAAAGCCAAAUAUCGUAAAGGAGUUGCUCUGUAUCACUUAAAACAAUUUGACGAGGCUCAAGCCAUCCUUCUCAGUUUAGAGGCAGCAGAUGCUGCAACUAAAAAGUAUUUAGCACUUUGUAAACAGGCUAUUCGAGAAGAAGAUAAACAGCUUCAGAAAACCUAUCGUGCCAUGUUUAGCAGCAGUUCAACACUAUCAACAAAGAUGGAAGAAAGUUGACAAAAAUGUAAACUGUAUGGAAAGUGAAAGUAUGUUCAAUGAUGCUUGCAUGACAUGUGACCCUUGUAAACUGUAUGGAAAAUGAAAGUAAAUGAUUAGUGACUGAUGAAAUGAAAUUUUUGUUCAUAUAACAUGUAUGGAAAAUGAAAGAGUAUGAAAAGUGACUGCUUAAUCUGUGAUACUUGUUGGUUUGAUCUUAACUUUGUGAUCUCUAACAAGAGAAAAUUAAACAAUUAUCUUUGAAAAUGAUGAAAUACUUGCAUUAAAAAAUAUCAUUAUUUCAUAACUAGAAGGUAAAGUGUUUGGUUAGUGAUGGGAGUUUUAAGAUUAAUUUGUGAAAAACAAAAAUACAUAAAACAGAUUAUCAACCAAGAAACUUCUUUUAACUGUGUACUGACUGGACUAGCACUGAUGAGUGGUCAGAUAAGAAAGGGUCAGUGUACAUAGUAACCAGCCAGGUAGAAUUCCAGAUAUUAAAACCGAAAUGAUAUAGUUGAUAGUACAUGAAUUAUACCAUAUUUGAUGUUGUAAAGCUACCUGCUAUAAGAAAAAUUGCCUGAGACAUUUUAAAGCUAUAAUUUGAAUAUUUACUGUAAAAUUCCUUAUUACUGAAAAGAGUAUUGAGUUUAAUUAAAUUCCUGUAAUAUGGAAA